UCAGUGAACGCAACCACAGCGGACAUGGCGGCGCUGCUGAGAGGUCUGCGGGCUGGAAGGGCACUCCGGGGGCUGGGCAGCGUGGUGGCUCCUCCAGUGGCUCAGACCCGUCACUGCUGCAGCCUGAGGCGAGGAUUCCACUGUUCAGCCCUGAGGCAUCAAGAUGAAUCUAAAACAGACACACCUUCAUCCUCCUCCUCUUCCUCCUACCAUGAGCACUACCAGGCUCACUCUGCGGAACAGGACCAUUCAGCAUCUGACCCAGCAGCAGAGGAGGCUUCCAGACCCAACACCAGUUACCAUGACGAGAGUGGAGAGCAGGAUGAAGAGUAUGAAACAGAGGAGCAGCUCCAGGCUCGGAUCCUGGUAGCGGCGUUGGAGUUCGUCCCGGUUCACGGUUGGUCCAUGGAGGCCAUCGCAGCCGGAGCCGAGACUCUGGGUCUGUCAUCUGCUUCCACUGGGAUGUUUAACGGAGCUGGAGACCUGGUCUUACAUUUCAUCUCCCAGUGUAAUUCACAACUGACUGAGAUCCUGGCAGAACAACACAAACAGGUCCAACUGGGCCAGGCAGAACCAAAGGAGACCGCAGACUUCCUUAGAGACGCUGUUGAGACCAGACUGAGGAUGUACAUCCCAUACAUGGAAACGUGGCCUCAGGCCAUGAGCAUCCUGCUGCUCCCUCACAACAUCCCCGACAGCCUGAAGCACCUCUCCACCCUAGUGGACGACAUCUGGUACUACGCUGGAGACCGGUCCACAGAUAUGAACUGGUACACCAAACGGGCGGCGCUGACGGGCAUCUACAACACCACUGAGCUGGUCAUGGUUCAGGAUUCGUCCCCAGAUUUCCAGGACACUUGGAACUUCUUAGAUAAUCGCAUUCAGGAUGUGGUCAACAUGGCCAGCACCGCCAAACAGGUGCAGUCAACGGGUGAAGCCAUGGUGCAAGGGCUCAUGGGAGCUGCUGUAACUCUGAAGAACCUCACAGGUCUGAACCAGAGGCGAUGAUGAGCAGCGCCUCCCCCAACCGAAGAGCUUCCUGAGCUGAAGAACAACCCUGUUUUUUUUCCUCUUAUUUCUGGAAAAGUGUAGCUCAUCAAGGUGUUGGAUAACGAGUUCAAUUCAUCACGCCCAUAAGAGACCAGACCGACUUUAUUUUAUUCACUUUCCUCUGCUCAGAAGAUCUUCCCAUUUGUAAUAAAGAUACAAGGAUCUCUAAUUUUGUUGCCAGUUAAAUUAGGACUUAAAUAAAUCGCUAUUAUUGUGUAUUUUA